AUGCCGACGGGCGAUGUGCUGUUGCGGCUUAAGCCGUACGAGUACGCUCACGUCAUGAAUGAAAACACUAACACAACGGAACUUUUUGUUGGUCCCCAGACACGGGCCCUCGCGUCGGACGAAAAAAUUUCCAAGCCUGUGGCACCGUUUCACGUGGUGCCGCAUGGGAGCUAUGCUGUCAUUGAGAAUCCCCACGUUCGGGACAGGGAUGGAGUGACGCCCGUGCGUGACAAGUACGGCCAGGUAAAGGUGCGAGUAGGUGAGCGAGAGAUCGUGCUUGGUACCAAGACCUUUCCACUCUAUCCCGAGGAGCGACUUGUGCUUGUGGCCCCCAUGACAGUUCUCCGCCAAGAUGAGGGCCUUGAGGUGAAGGCGCUGUGCAGCUACACUUCCAGCGAUGGCGUGAAGCGCGUGGCGGGUGAACGCUUUGUCUACACUGUCCCCGGGAUGUAUUGUCCACGCGUGGAGGAGGAAGCAGGGAAGGUGCGUCGCGCCGUGACAAUCAAGCAAGGCCACGCAAUCCGAGUUCAUGCACUGGAGGCAUUCGUGGACAAGGAUGGCCAAUCGCGGAGAAAGGGCGAAAUGUAUCUCCGUACGGAGCCCACCUCAUACCUUUGCUCCGCCUCGGAAGAGUUUCUGGGGCAUGUCUCUCCUUUGGUGCUGCACCCUGGCGAAGGGUUGCAUGUGAAGGUGUUGCAGCGCUUUGUGGAUGAUAGGAAGCAUGGGAACGGUGCGGAGCGUCUUGCGGGGCAAGUGUACCUUGUCACGCACGACGAUGCUCCCUUGUUCCUGUUACAUCCUUAUGAGGUAAUUGUACAAUCUGUCAAUAUGUUACAUGUGAGCAAAAAACAGUACGCGGUUGUGGUAAAUAGGAAGAACUCAUGUCGCCGCUUUGUUACAGAUGCCUCAUUUUAUUUGCAGCCGGACGAGUGCCUGGAGGGAAAUGCCAUUCAUGACAGUUAUCUCCUUCACGAAGGGCAGGCCCUUUUAUUAAAGGCAUUAGAGGAUUUUGAGGACACCGACGUCCAGCCACCGGUCCAGCGACACGUUGGAGAGGUUUGGCUUCUGUAUGGCCCACAGGAAUACGUCCCAAACUCCUUUACUGAGGUAUGUAAGGAUAAAAACAAUAACGCCGUGCGAGAGCGCAUCAUCCUCACGGACGGGAAGGGAAUCUACGUACGCGACAUCGCCACGGGUGAGGUGAGGUCGGUGAAUGGCCCAGGGGCAUACAUGCUGGCUGCCUCGGAGGAACUUUGGGAGAAGAAAUUGUCGCCCGAUGUGGAGAGGUGUCUUGCAGAGCAGCACUCUCUGCCGCCUGAGCCGAUAGAAGCAAUUAACCCUUUUCAGCCCCCUUCUGCCCACGGGCUUCGGGGGAAAACACACUGGACGGUGAUGUAUAGGGUUCCACACAGAAGUGUGACUCAAGUUUACAAUUACAAGGCCUUAACGACUCGAACUAUUUUUGGGCCAGAGCGUGUUUUACUGGAGCCGGAUGAGGAGUUCACGCUUGUGACACUCUCAGGUUCGCCAUUUGACUCAACUAACCCCGGUCUCUGCCCCCCGAAGGAGGCCAACCACAUCAAAGCACUUCAUUUGUUUCUUGGACCCUCGAAUAUGAAGGAUGUUGUCAAUGUGGAGACACGGGAUCAUGCCCAACUUGCCUUGCAGCUCUGCUAUGCCUGGUAUUUUGAUGUCGCCCCUGGAGAUGAAUUGGCAGCAGAAAAGUGUUUUAGCGUCAGCGACUUUGUGGCCGAUACCUGCUCAUUCAUCGCCGGCCGCAUCCGUGCCGCGGUGGCGUCACUGCCGUUUCAGCAAUUUCAUAAAAACAGCGCAAAGAUACUGCAGGAAGCCGUCUUUGGGGUGGAUCCCAUCAGCCAUGCUACACGGACGGAGUUGCGCUUUGCGGCGAACAACUUUGUUGUGACCUCCGUGGACACGCAGCGGAUGGAGGUUCUCGACGCACGGACCCGUGAGGGUCUGCAGAAGUCUGUCAAGAUAGCCAUCCAAAUCACUACCCAGGCCCAGGAGUUGAAGGCACAGCAAAUUGCACUGGCUCGCGAGCAGCACUCCCGCGGCUUGCUUGAAAGGCAAAAGAUGCAAGAUCAGCUGGAAAAUGAAAUACGGCGACGCGUGUUACUGGAGGCUGAGUCCCACAGCUUCGCGAUGCAAAGUUCAGGUCGCUUGCGCUCCGUUGCCGACGCCGCCGCAAAGGCGGCGAGCGUGGAACAGGAGUCAGCAAUGAAAGCCGCACACAUUCGCGCAGCGAAGGAAGACAUUACAAACAACGUCUUGGCGGAGGUGGAACAUAUGAAGCGGGCGCUGCAGCAUGACUACGAGGAUCGUCGAGUGGCUUUGGCCCAUGAACUGGAGCGUGCUCUUGCGUAUAUUGAGGACGAAAAGUUUGCUUCCGUGAUGGACGCCAUUGGGCCUGAGACCGUACUGGAAAUCUCCAAGGCGGGACCUGAGCUUCAGGCGAAGUUGUUGGAGAGUUUGGGAUUGGAAGGCUAUCUCGUCAUGGACGGCAGUACGCCGCUUAACCUCUUUCGGACUGCCGCAGAAAUGAGUACACAGCCGUCCGCGUGA